GCGUUGGAAACUUGGAAUAGAGCUAGAGUAAAAGAAAGACCGCUCCGCCUUUAUUUUCAAUUAGCCUUUAUUUUCCAUUAAAUUUUUUUCUAUAAAUACCGAGAAACCGCUUCAUCUGAGUGAGUGAGUCACACCAUUUCUAUCUCCCGUCUUCGACUUUCCAGCUCUGCCUUUCUGUCGGAACAACUACCAAACCAGACCAUCACACCAAGAAGGAAGAAAGCAUAGCAACACAAAUUAUUGUUUGUUGUUGCUCUUGUUUUCUUUGAUUCUUUUGUUUUCGUUGUUGUAGUUGUUUUCAGAAUCAAAGAUUACUAGAAAUGGCAAAGGAUGUUGGAAUCCUCGCUAUCGACAUCUACUUCCCUCCUACUUUUGUUCAGCAGGAAGCUUUGGAGGCUCAUGAUGGAGCAAGCAAAGGAAAGUACACCAUUGGACUUGGACAAGAUUGCAUGGCAUUUUGCACAGAGGUGGAAGAUGUUAUCUCAAUGAGUUUGACAGUUGUUACUUCCCUCCUGGAGAAGUAUCAAAUUGAUCCAAAACAAAUUGGUCGUCUUGAAGUUGGAAGUGAAACUGUGAUAGACAAGAGCAAAUCCAUCAAGACCUUUCUGAUGCAAAUUUUUGAGAAAUGUGGAAAUACUGACAUUGAAGGUGUUGACUCAACUAAUGCAUGCUAUGGAGGAACUGCUGCCUUAUUUAACUGUGUAAACUGGGUUGAGAGUAGUUCAUGGGAUGGACGCUAUGGUCUUGUCGUGUGUACUGACAGUGCGGUCUAUGCAGAAGGACCUGCCAGGCCCACUGGAGGAGCAGCUGCUAUUGCCCUGCUAGUAGGACCUGAUGCUCCUAUUACUUUUGAAAGCAAAUAUAGGGGAAGUCAUAUGUCUCAUGCCUAUGAUUUCUACAAACCAAAUCUUGCCAGUGAAUAUCCGGUUGUUGAUGGGAAACUUUCUCAGACUUGCUACCUCAUGGCUCUUGAUUCUUGUUAUAAGUAUUUAUGCAGCAAGUAUGAGAGAAUUGAAGGCAAACAAUUUUCAAUGUCUGAUGCUGACUAUUUUGUGUUUCAUUCUCCAUAUAACAAGCUUGUACAAAAAAGCUUUGCUCGUUUGUUAUAUAAUGACUUCUUGAGGAAUGCCAGUUCUGUCGAUGAGGUUGCUAAAGAAAAGCUAGGACCGUUUUCAACUUUAUCUAGUGAUGAAAGCUACCAAAGCCGGGAUCUGGAAAAGGUAUCCCAACAAGUUGCAAAGCCCCUUUAUGAUGCAAAGGUUCAGCCAACCACUUUGAUACCAAAACAAAUUGGUAACACAUACACAGCAUCUCUAUAUUCAGCAUUGGCUUCCCUUAUUCACAGCAAACACACUAAACUGGCUGGAAAACGGGUGGUAUUGUUCUCAUAUGGUAGUGGUUUAACUGCUACAAUGUUCUCCUUAAAACUCAAUGAAGGCCAAAAUCCCUUCAGCUUGUCAAACAUAGCAACUGUGAUGAAUGUUGCUGCAAAGUUAAAGUCAAGGACUGAGUUUCCACCGGAGAAAUUUGUCAAAGUAUUGAAGGUAAACGAGCAUAGGUAUGGAGCCAAGGACUUUGUGACGAGCAAAGACAUUAGCCUUUUGGCUUCGGGAACAUAUUAUCUAACUGAAGUUGAUUCAAUGUACCGGAGGUUCUAUGCCCAGAAGGUUGCUGAAAAAAGCAGGUGCGAUAAUGGCUCACUUACAAAUGGUCAAUAGUAGUGAGGUAUUGUUGAACGUUGGCAUUAUUAAGUUUGUGAUGUUAAAGCAACUGUAGUUUGUUCAUCAGCUUUCGUUUUAAUAAAAUCUCUUCUACUACUAAA